AUGGUGGCAACUCCAAGUUGUGUAGCCCUUUUCUGCAACUGUUUGCUUCCCACCAACCCUGGCUCCAACCCAAGCACAGCCCAGCUUGGUAAAUCCAUGCUCAGAAGUCAAGGAAGUGAAACAGUCCUCCUCUGUUCAGGGUUUCAAAACAUGGAAAAUGGGAUCUUGGGGUGCCACCAUUGUAUACCCUCUGAACUACUACCUAGAUGGCCCAGCAAGGAUAUAGGAGCCCCAGAGCCUUGUGAUGUAAAGUUCGGCAAGUAUCCUCCAAAGCACUAA